CAAACCUGCCCGCCGAAUCCUCCAUCCCAGUGGGCUCUUGAGGUCGGUCGGUCAGCAUUCAGCAAUGGCGACCUACCCACCAUUUCCUUCCCCACCCUAGGGAAGCUUCUAUUAGCCGAAUCUUCUGCCCACUUUCUCCAUCUUCCAGAAGUAACACAAAUGUCUUUAAAAGAAAGUACCACCAUGCGAUUAAGAAUACUCUUUUUCUUUUUCCUUCAUCAAAUCACAGAAGAAGUUUUAGCCAGUUUUUGGGCAUAAGCUCAUCCUCUUCAGCCUCCCUCUCCUCUGCUCUUCAAGCGAAAGCAAAAAAGAAAGUCCCACAAAAAAUGGCUUCCACCAGCACCAAAAGCAGGAUCCUGUUCAUCGGAGGGACUGGUUACAUCGGCAAGUUCAUCGUCGAAGCCAGCGCCAAAUCCGGCCACCCAACUUACGCUCUGGUCAGGAAAUCGACGCUUACUAGCCCCAGAAGAUCCAGAAUCGUCCACUCCUUCAAGUCCUUGGGCGUCAAUUUCCUCAUUGGCGAUUUGCACGACCAUGGAAGCUUGGUGAACGCAAUGAAGCAAGUCGACGUGGUGAUUUCCACUGUUGGCCAUGGCAUGUUGACCGAUCAGGUCAAGAUCAUCGCCGCCAUUAAAGAAGCUGGAAAUGUCAAGAUGCUCGAUUUCCCUUUUCUCCUCUUCCAGAGAUUCUUCCCAUCAGAGUUUGGAAACGAUGUGGAUCGCGUCGAAGCAGUUGAGCCUGCGAAAUCAGCUUAUGACGUAAAAGUCAGAAUGCGGCGAGCUGUUGAGGCCGCAGGGAUUCCGUUCACCUAUGUCUCCUGUAACAGCUUCGCCGGCUAUUUCCUUAGCAAUUUGGCUCAGCCCUCCGGCGACGUGCCUCCCAGAGACAGAGUUAUCAUCUUAGGAGAUGGCAAUGCUAAAGCAAUUUACAACAGGGAAGAUGACAUUGGAACUUAUACGAUUAGGGCGGUGGACGAUCCGAGGACGUUGAACAAGCUUGUGUACAUAAGGCCUCCUAAGAACAUCUAUUCGUUCAAUGAUCUGGUAGGUUUGUGGGAGAGGAAGAUUGGGAAGACCCUGGAGAGGGUUUACAUUCCUGAAGAACAGGUUCUGAAGCUCACCAGAGGAGAUGUGAUGAUGGCGCUUAAUCACUCGAUUCUGGUGAAGGGAUGUCAGACCAGCUUUGAGAUUGAGGAAUCGUUUGGGGUUGAGGCGUCGGAGCUUUACCCAGAUGUCAAGUACACAACUGUUGAUGAGUACCUUGACCAGUUUGUCUAGUUUUGUUGCUAUACGAUUAUUGCUUCCCUUCAUUUCCAUACUAGCUCAUUUGCAGUUGUAAUCCCGUGAUGUCUUCUGUUGAACUGUUUUUCUCCUCUGCACUUCUUGUGUAUGGCGAGAAGGUUAAUACCACAAAUCAACUCUUUUUUACUCUUUUCCUUGUGGUGAUUUCGAAUUCAAGCAUUGCUCACAAAAACAGGUUUCAAAACAGGCGUCAGUUUGGGUGAGAUUGUUGUAAU